GAGUCAAACAGUCUACAGUCAGCGGACAAGCUAAGCAGACGCGCUCCCCUUAGCAAACCGUAACAGCAACCGUAGCCAUAACCUUAGCCCUAUUUAUCGGGUUAUUAUAAAAAGUGUCGUUACAUUCGCGACAAGAAUCAAACGCGUGCCAGCGACCGCGAGUGCAAGAACAAAAGUCUUGUUUUCUGCUCUACUAGUCUAUACUCUGCUAGUUACCAAAGAUCAAAUCUACGAUGAGCCAUCACUGGGGCUAUACCGAAGAGAACGGACCCGCCCACUGGGCCAAGGACUAUCCGCAGGCAUCGGGACAUCGCCAAUCGCCCGUGGACAUCACCCCUUCGAGUGCCAAGAAGGGCAGUGAUUUGAAGGCAUCUCCGCUCAAAUGGAAAUAUGUGCCAGAAGAUACAAAGAGUCUGGUUAACCCAGGCUACUGUUGGCGCGUGGAUGUCAACGGCGCUAAUUCUGAGCUAACUGGUGGACCACUUGGCGAUCAGAUCUUUAAACUGGAACAGUUCCAUUGUCACUGGGGCUGCACCGACUCGAAGGGAUCGGAACAUACGGUUGAUGGUGUCUCCUAUUCGGGUGAACUUCAUCUCGUACACUGGAACACCACGAAAUACAAGUCGUUCGGCGAAGCAGCGGCUGCACCUGACGGACUGGCCGUGUUGGGUGUCUUUCUGCAACCGGGCAAUCAUCACGAAGAGCUAGAUAAAGUGAGCAGCCUAUUGCAAUUUGUUCUGCACAAGGGCGAUCGCGUCACUCUGCCCCAAGGCUGUGAUCCCGGUCAGCUGCUGCCCGAUGUGCACACGUACUGGACCUAUGAGGGCUCAUUGACUACGCCUCCCUGCUCCGAGUGCGUCAUUUGGAUUGUGUUCAAGACGCCCAUUCAAGUGUCCGACGAUCAAUUAAAUGCCAUGCGUAAUCUUAAUGCCUACGAUGUCAAGGAGGAAUGUCCUUGCAAUGAAUUCAAUGGCAAGGUCAUCAACAAUUUCCGACCUCCAUUGCCGCUAGGCAAACGUGAGCUGCGCGAAAUUGGCGGACAUUGAGUCUUGGGUUGAAAGGGUCACAAAACGGUGAAAGUCAAAAUCGAAGUGAAUCGAUUCGUAUUUUUGUUUUAUACAUAUAUAAAUAAAUGUGCACAGCAUGCACCGCAGUAGCGAAUCGGAUGAGCUGCUCUGACCCACCAAUCUCACCAACCUCACUACCCAUACCACAUAUAUCCCCAAUCGCUGAGCAGAGCAGCAGAUGCCCAUUGUUAAAGUCCCGCUUUAGUUGUUACUACUUGAUGUAGCAAACACUCUUACCUCUAUGCGUAUUUGCUUGUCUGUGUAUUUGCAUCUUGUAUUUUAUAGCUAGUACCUUGCAUCUGUGCGAGUGCUUUGUACGUUUGUUUGUUGAACAUUUGCUAAAUGACAAUUAGAUUACACUUUAUGGUAUUACAUAAUAAAUAUAUUACUUUUAGAUGUUGCAUAAUGAAAACGAA